AUGGACCCGCUAAGUUUAACAGCCAGCGUUGCAGGUCUGCUCAGCCUUACCAUCAACGUCACCGACAUCCUCUCCAAGUACAUACGAUCGGUCAAGAAGGCUGAGCAAGAAUCACUCGAGCUCAAACAAGAGCUUUGUUCACUCUGCGAAGUACUGAAGCAGCUUGACCAAUUCCUCGAUGGCGAGAAAGGACUACCCCCACGGUUCAAAGACACUUCAGCCUUAUUUACUUCGAUCCAAACCUGCCACGCAACACUCAAUUCGCUUUCAACAAUUGUACAGAAGCUCCCGAAAGAAAGAUUGGAGAAGAAAUGGUACCGAAAGUUAAUCUGGUCUCUCCAACGUGAUGGGAAGAUGGAUACUAUCGCCACAAUCCGGCGCUGCAUCCAGAUAUUCCAAUUCUCGUUGACAAUAGAAGGAUGUGAUGUCCUCUCUAAAACCCUGGAUGAGGUUCUGGUAAGUCGUGAAACGCAGCUAAACACUUCGAAAAACGUCACGGAAAUCGUGGAGCUUGUCAAGAAGAUUCAGAUCGAUCUUGACAGAAAAAGGGGUUUGCACGACAGUCAGAUGAGCGAACUACAUCAGCGUCAGAUGGCCGAUGAACGACAGAAAUUGCUGGAAUGGAUCGGCGGCUCAACUAAUCCAUCGUCGAAUCAUAACCGGGCUAUGGCUCAGAGAGAGCCAAAGACUGGUCUCUGGUUUCUGGAGUCAGACGAUUUUAGCGGCUGGAUCAAAUCGCCGCGCUUGCUGUGGCUGCACGGAAUUCGUAAGCAUCUAGCCCAAUACCCUCCUUCUUUGACUGGACUGCAGCGCUUAUUUUGGGGUCAUCUAGCUGGUUGUGGCAAAACAGUUCUCUGCUCAACGAUCAUCGAGGCUGUUAAAGAAUUGUGUUCUGAGGGCACAGCUGGAAAGUUAGGCUACUUCUACUUCAACUUUCAGGAUUUCCAAAAUGAUUCUCACAAGGAGGAUCUGUUCAUGUCCGCUCUACCUCGGUCGCUGCUCAGACAACUCUGUGCUAACGAGCCCACACUGCCGGAUCCAGUCCAAGCAAUAUACACCCGGCACCACGGGACUGGAUCAAACCCUACCCAUGAGGAGCUAACGUCUGCCCUGGACGCUGUUAUUGAUCAGCUGGCCAAAGAUGUAUAUAUCAUACUGGAUGCGCUCGACGAAUUUCCAGAGAAUACAAACAACGCACAGAGGAAAAAAUUGCUCAAAUGGAUCACCUUAAUGGUCGAUGGUCGUUUCCAGAACCUCCACAUCCUGACAACAAGCCGAAAAGAGUGGGAUAUCGAUGCGGCUUUAGGGAAUCUGGCAAAUGGGGGUCUUCCCAUCCAGGGCCCUGCGGUCGACAGUGACAUCCAAAGGUACAUACGAUCCUCUCUGGAGGAAGGUCCACUUAGCAGAUGGCGGGACAAGAUCAAGAUCAGAGCUAGCAUAGAGACGAGGCUCACAGAGGGGGCUAAGGGAAUGUUUCGUUGGGUUGUCUGCCAGCUUGACAUGCUGGGAGAGUGCACAACAGUCAAAUCCGUCGGAAAAGCACUGGCCGAGUUGCUGGUGACUCUGGACGAUACCUACGAGCGGAUUCUGAACGCAAUUCCGAGAAGGAACAAGGACGAUGCUCGACCCAUUCUUCAGUGGCUUGCAUACUCGAAACGCCCUUUGACACUGGAUGAGGUCGCAGAGGCUGCGGUUCUGAGACCUGGAGAUGGCCCGAUUGACGCGGAUGAAUUAUGCGACCUUUCAGAAGUUUUGCGCAUUUGCCGCAGUCUCGUUACGCUCGCAACCGAGGUUGUCUGUAUCUGUGCGAAUGAUUCGGAGAUUGAAGUGGUUAAGUUCGCCCAUUUCUCCGUCCUUGAAUACUUGACAUCUAGACGGUCAGACUACUUCUCUGUUUCUGCCAUGGAGGCCACAGCUACAUCGGAUGCAGACGAGGAUAUCCCCACAGGUAUCGAAGACUAUUCAGACGGAGGCCAAGGCGAAGACGCCGACUCAAGGCCAGUGGCCAAUUACGCAGCGGAGUAUUGGUACGAACAUGUCUGCGAGGUUGAAAAGGUAAAUGACAGACUUUCGAAAUUUUCGGACAGCGCGUACCGGUUCCUCGGCGAAAAUUCUCCUCGUUGCUUUUUGAAAUGGCUCCAAAUGUACAAUCCUCAAGACCAAAUUUCCGGAUAUCUUUGCAGACGUUAUGAUCAGGCUGCGUACUUCCCGCUGUGGUACUCGUCGCUGCUAGGAAUUAGGCACGCCACCCGCCGCCUGAUCGAGAGCGGAGCUGAUGUCAACCAGCAGAUUACAGGGUAUGGUGGUGCACUUCAUACUGCUGCGAAGAGGGGCCACUAUGAGAUUGCUCAGAUUCUGCUUGAAUCCGGAGCGGAUGCCAACCGAUGGAAUGAAGAUUAUGGCACGCCAUUGGAAUGUGGCGUAGAUGAACUACAUCUGAGUAUCUGCCAGCUGCUUAUCGAUCACGGGGCCGAUGUGAAUGCUGCCACCAGACAUGAAAAUGGCAGUGUCCUGCUGGUGGCCUUGGACCUCCUAGACCCGUCCACAUUACAUGGUGUCAACAUCGUGCAGCUGCUGCUUACCCACGGCGCAAACGUCAAUGCUCGGAUGGCUAGAGGCUGGGCUAGAGAGUACACGGCUCUACAUGUAGCCUCAGCAAAGGGUUUCCUCGGAAUUGUCCAAUCACUCCUUGAUAAAGGGGCCGAUAUCAACGCCCCGGGUGGAGAUGAGGUCGGUACUGCUCUACAGGAAGCCUCUAGACACGAUCAGGUUGAGACUGUGCAGCUAUUGCUCGAACACGGGGCGGAUGUCAACGCUCCGGCUGGAGGAAAGGGCACUGCUCUGCAGGCGGCCUGCACGAGAGGAUUCGUUCAAAUGGUUCAGUUGUUGCUCACACACGGUGCGGAUGUCAACGCGUGGACGGAUGAUUUGUUGCCUCCCAAUCAUUACGAAAGAGAAAUGCCCAGCACCGCACUGCAGUGUGCGUUGGUGGAUGACCGUGCGUAUAUCGUCGAGCUGUUGAUUGAAUGUGGCGCAGACAUGAAUGCGACAAAUAAAAAUGGCCGCACAGCGCUGGAUUUGGCGAAGAAGUGGGGAAAGGAAGAAUCAAUCCGGGUAUUGGUCGAGCACGGAGCGACAGAGACAGACGCAGUGGCAGACUCAGAGUCAGACUCAGGGUUGGCGUCGCGGUUCUAG